UAAAUUCAGUCAUUAUCACUUUCCAAAUAUCUUCCUUUGCCCAGCCUCCCUCAUCUCUCUCUCCAAAGUACAAACCUCCCCCACUUUCCAAACCCACCACCUAAUAUUAAUUUCCUCCCUUCUCUGCAGGGGUUAACCCCUGCAUCUUUGGUCAAAUCUAGAAAAUUUUGCUUUGGGUCUUAAGAACCCACCUGGUUUUGCCUUCUCAAUGCAGCAAGAAAUGGGGCCAGAAGGAUCAUCGAAAGUUGUUGUCCCGAGAAACUUUAGAUUAUUAGAAGAGCUAGAGAGAGGUGAAAAGGGAAUAGGAGAUGGAAAUGUCAGCUAUGGAAUGGACGACGCUGAUGAUGUGUACAUGCAGUCAUGGACUGGAACUGUCAUUGGUCCUCCUAAUUCUGUACAUGAAGGGCGUAUCUACCAGUUGAAGUUAUUCUGUGGGAAGGAGUAUCCAGAUGAGCCACCUAGUGUGAGGUUCCAGACCCGGAUAAACAUGAACUGUGUUAAUCAGGAAAGUGGGGUGGUUGAACCAAGUCUGUUUCCCAUGCUUGCUGAUUGGAAAAGGGAGUACACAAUGGAGGAUAUACUAAUUCAAUUAAAGAAAGAAAUGAUGUCCCCUCAGAAUCGAAAACUGGCUCAGCCUCCUGAAGGCAAUGAAGAAGGAAGAGUGGAACAAAAGGGGCUAGUGCUGAGGUGUUGUAUUCUCUAAUUAGAAUGAGCACAAUGAUGUAUAUAUAUUAGUAGAAUUAGGUAUCCAACUGCAACAUGAAGCAUAUGAAUCUAUAUAUUUGUACUUCUAUAAGCAUGAUCCUAUCAACUAUCCCAUCUUGAACAUGGUGGCAGUUUUAUGAUCAAUCCCUUAUGUCGUAAUUUUCUGAAUAAACUCAAUCAGAUGACAGAUGAGUUGUCAUUUAUCUAACGAAUCGGAUUAAUAUUUUGUC